AUGUCCUCUUCUACACGCCAAACGUCCUGGCUCGUCUCUGGAGCAUCCCGCGGGAUCGGGCUCGAACUAGUCAAGCAGCUGCUCGAGUCCCCCAACAACCUCGUCAUUGCCGCAUGCCGGACCCCCGACAAGGCGUACGCGCUUAACGCGCUGCAGAGCAGCUCCAAGGGGUCCCUGCACGUCAUCCGUCUCGAGGUCACCGACUUCGACAGCGUGCGUGCGGUCCCACAGGCGAUCGCGCCGAUACUAGGCGAGCACGGCCUUGAUUACCUUGUCAACAACGCCGGCAUCGCCAGACAAGACACCCCGCUCACGCUGGACCCUGAGGUGUUCCUCGAGACGUUGCGCACGAACACCGUCGGACCCGCGCUGCUCACCCAGGCGUGCAUGCCGUUCCUAGACAAGGGUAGGGAGAAGAAAGUUCUGAACAUCUCGAGCACGCUCGGCAGCAUCGCGAAAGCAGACGCUCUGGAACACCUCCGCUUCGGGGGCGCUGCCACGUACUGCGUUAGCAAGAGCGCGUUGAACAUGCUGACCUACAAGCUGAAGCAGGAGCGACCCGACCUCAUCGUCAUCAUGCUCUGUCCGGGGUGGGUCAAGACAGACCUAGGCGGCGAGAGCGCAGUUCUCGAGGCGAAGGAGAGCAUCGCGGGGAUCCUCAAGGUCAUCACGUCCGCGACCGUGGCCGACAGCGGCAAGUAUCUGAGCUUCACAGGGGCGGAGAUCCCAUGGUAAAAUGGCCACUCGUCUCUGCCCUGAGUCUUGGAAGAGCUGUAGUAUGGGUUUAGCGAGAAGUGAAGCAGGAACAGGAGA